AUGGUUGGCGUACCUCACAGCACUGGUUGCUCGCGCUGUCGCGAGCGACGGAUCAAAUGCGAUAAAGCCACACCAGAAUGUUCACAAUGCCGCAGAUACGGCCAGCCCUGUCCGGGAUACCGCCGCACCUUCCGCUUUCAAGACGAAGGGCCUGGUCUUGAACGCCGACACCAUUCAUCUGCCGGCCGCGUCCCAAGACCAGCGCCCUCCCCUAGCGAUGCAGCAAGGUCGAUUCGUGAUAAUGCUCUCACCAUGAUACGCCAAUAUUCGUCCAUGUGCGGAGACUACUCCAGCGCUGGCUCUCCCACUCAUAUCUUGCUGGAAAGGCACCAUAUCCAACGCUUUGCAGACUUGAUCCGCACGGCGUUCCCAACAAUGUACUACCACAACCGCUUCCGCGCAACGGACAGGCUUGACUUUCCCUCCUACGUCAUUCAAGACGUCGGCUCUCAUGUCUUCCAGGACGCGGCUGUCGCUUGUCUAAGCUCAGUCUAUCUCGCCUACCUCUCACAAGACGCCGGACUCUUGAAAACAAGCCGGCAGAUGUACGCCCAGUCACUGCACGAGGUCGCCCGGGCCUUGCAGACCCCCGACGCAAUGUCAGACGCUAUGCUGAGCACCAUGAUGAUGCUUAGUGUCUACGAAAUGUACGCCCAGACAAGCGACGAUGCAUGGGUUAUCCACGCGGACGGGGUCAGACGGCUGAUGAUGAGCCGCGGCGCUCAGCCUCACACCAGGGGCAUGGCACGGUCGUGCUACAUCGCAUAUCGAGGCUUUCUAGUCGCAACGGCCGUCUACAAAGGCAAACCUUGUUUCUUGGACGGUGAAGAAUGGCAGCAGCUUUCACACCGAGUCGGAGUUGAAGACGCCCAAAAGUCGAACGAGUGGCCUUUGUCUGUUCGUGCUUCGGAAGUGGUUUUUCGGGAAAUAGUCAAGUGUCCGCGGUACCUUAGCGAGGCGCUAGAGCUCGCAUAUCAAUACCCUUCCUCUUCUGCUAUAGCAGCCAUCCCAGGUCUCUAUCAGCGCGUUGAAACGACCAACAGCAACCUGCUCCAGGCAUCCAUAAAUCUACGGGAAUGCAUGGUCCGUGAUAGGCGCUCACAUUCCCACCAGCCGCAUGAAGAUAUGAUGACCGGGGAAAGUGGACCUUCUCUACUUGUCCAGGGGGCUGAAAGCACCGUUAGUGUGCUGCAAAGUCUGCUCCGUAGACUUGCGAGAGCCGCGUCGGGACACAAUGGCAGUUCGGCUCUGUCGUUUCGCGUUGUAUCGGAGCUGGAUCGGGGUCCGCCUGCGGCUCCUAGUAAUAGGAUUGACUUUCUUGCUGUAACUUGGUUAGAUCGUAUCGCGUCUUCUAUGGGGAUGAUGGGGACUGCUAUUGUUCAAGGGUGA